AUGAGUGGCUGUGGCACCAAACAACUGCCGAGACCGGCGAAACAUGCCCCGGUGACGAUCAAGGUGACGAUCAACCGUUUAGGCGAGGCCACCCCUCAGUUCCAGGACGUGGAAUUGCCCCUGGCCGAGGUGACGGCAAUCGCCAACAAGAGCCGCUUUUUCAAGUUGUUGCGGGACCACGGCGUCGACAUCGGCCCUAACGUCCACCUCGUGCUGUUCACGCGUCGCUCAAAGAAGUACAAGGAGUACGUGCUGUUGGAAACUACUGACGACUUCCGGCUGAUGGCCCGCUCGUUACGGGUCAAAAACCAUGUCAAAUUGAUGGUGGAGGACCUGAACCCUCGUGUGGCUGAGCCUGAUGUAUCGGGAGCCUCUCAAUCGUCGGCUGCCGCCGACGAACCGGUGCCGCCUUACCUCCCCCCGUUCCCGCAAUUUGACCCUCGUAACUUUAGCGAAUUAGGCGACGAGAUCAUCGAACGGUUUAAGGAGCUUUUGAACGAGUUCCCGCGCCACUUUUUCGAUGCGUUGGCCCCUGUCGACGUCCCGCUGGGCCCGUUGCACUUGGGAGUGUUUUGCGACGGGUGUGACCAGCAAGUGAGAGGCGUCCGCUAUAAGUGCACCCAGUGCCACGACUACGACCUCUGCAGCGCCUGUGAGACCAAGGGCACCCACGACCGUACCCACACUAUGUUUAAGAUUGCUGAACCGUCGGCUGGUUGCCCCGCGUUUAACACGACUCUGGCUCCGGCUCCGGCUCCGGCGCCGGCUCCCGCGACGGCCAACCCUAUUACCACCGUCCACCGUCGAAUCCUGUGCGACCGCUGCACCCCUACCACGUCGCUGCCCAUCGUUGGUGCUCGCUACAAGUGUCUUGAAUGCGACAACUUUGACCUCUGUGAACCGUGUGUGCUUUUGAAUGAAGACGUGGGUGCUCAUAAGCUGACCCACCGCAUGGAACGGUUCGUCGAACAGGCGCCUUACUCGCCUCCUCCUCGUCCUUCGGUGGGAGCCUACCACACCCUGGUGUCGUGUGACGAGUGCCUGGCCACUCCCAUUGUCGGCAUCCGCUACAAGUGUCUUGAGUGUGGUGACUACGAUCUUUGUGAAAAGUGUGUUAGUAAAAACAAGAGCCUGGGCCCCCACUUCAGCACUCACCAGAUGGUGCGCAUGGUGGUUCCCGACCACUUGCGGUCGGCGGCGCGGGCGUCGGUGGACGGCACCGAUGCUGUCUACGAGUUUGACUUGGACGACUGUCCUGCAGAAGCUCAAGCUCAAAUUGACGAGAUGAUCCGUCUGGGCGGCAUGGCUGGUUUCGUGGCUGGUGUCACCAAGUUCAUCAAGGACCUGAACCGCUACGGUGAAUUGCUUAAGCAAUUGGGUGAAGACGACCCCGAGCUUGGCUACGCCAUGCUCAUGCUGUUGGUGGCGUCGCACUUGGACCUGGCUUCUGAACCUAAGCACGAAGAACAACCCGACGUGGUUAUGAAGGAGGAGGAAGAAGAAGAAGAAGAAGAAGAAGAAGAAGAAGAACAAGAAGUCAAGAAGGAAGCGGCCACCCCCGAAGUCGACGCUACUUGCGAAGUAGACGCGCUGUUGAUUGACGAUGGCGACACUUUCGAUGUCACUUCCUUGGGCCCUGAUGUUGUUGGUCACGUUGUUCUCCGUCCUCGCUCGUUUGGCCUCAACGCCAAGGCGGUGCUGGUGAUGCUUGUGAACAUGCUGGCUUACGAAAUCAAGAGCGGCGACCUCGAAUUCGACUUUAUCCACCCGGAAACGGGCAAGCACCACGUGGUGACUGUGCGCAAGGCCAGUGCCAUCAAGCCUGAACACGCUCGCCACUACAACUUGAACCUUGACGACAACGCCACUACUUUUGAUGGCUACAACCUUGUCAUCACUGCUUCUGACUAUGUUAUGGAAGGGGUGUACCAUGCCUCUGAAGAGUCGAAGCUUUUGGUGCGCAGCCGGGAAUCUGCCAUGGACGUCGAUGACGUGCCUUCUGAACGUCUUGGUGCCAUGGACGAAGUGGUGGCGACGGUGGUGCCCAAGUCGCAUUGGCUUGUGCAAGUGAUGCUCCACAACAAGAGCGAGAAGGUCAUCGACUCCUCUCGCCUUGUGCUUUCGGUGGUGGACAACUUUCACCAAUUUAAAUCGCUGGCGACGAUUAAGAAGACCCAAGGGAUUAAGCCCGGUCAGUUGGCUAAGUUUAACCUCCCGUUGAAGGACUUGCAAGCGGAAACGGCGUUCAAGCUUGUGAUUGAAACUGCUGGCAACAAGGGUGUUGUGGCCAUGGACGCUAACUGUAUGAGUGGUGUCGUCAACUGGAACGGUAGCAUCCCGGAGGUGCAAUCGCCGGUGCCCGCCACUGAAGACGAGCCCAAGUUGACUCACCUGAUGGUGUUGCCGCUGUUGCCCAAGGAACUGCCGGCGACGCUGAUAAUCGUGCCUGAGCCCGAGUCCGCUACUGCAUCCGAGGGAGAGACCCAGGAAGAAGAUUACGACUUGGUGUCCGACGUGGACCUGGACUUUGAAGUCUUGAGUCCUGUAAUGAGUAACGAACAUGAAUGA